AUUUCCCGGCCGCUAAACCGGAAUUGAGCUCCCAACCUCAGCUCUUCCAUCUUCACGUAAGAACGAGACUGAAUUGCAUCUUCGUGAAGCUCGGGACUAUAACCGCCCGCCAAAUUGCCUACGUCUCUAUAUACACAACACUCUGAGAAUCUCAAGCAAUUGCCCGCGUGAUAGUUGCUCGCACUCUCUCAGGAGCCAAUACGCUUACCAUGUUCCAGCCUCACCCUGGUGAUCAAUUCCACCUCCGCCUCCACAGAGCACGCUCAGUUGUAUUGACGACACAAGAGUAAGUUCAGUACCACUGAGACAGGAUUCGCCGCGGAGACACCAACAUAGAUUCUAUGUCAUAUGAGGACUAAGAGAUGUUAUUGCCCGCGCCUGGAACAAACGAGACAAAAUCGAUGCACCUUGCUGACAUUGACAUGUACAGGCUCGUUGAGGUCAGAGCAGCUCAGCGUACCUUUGAAGGUGCCUAUGUCCGCACAGCUCUGGGACAGUUCUCAUUCGCCCUUAUCAUCCUCAAAGUGUUCACCGAAGAGUUCUAUGCCAUCGGUGCCCUUUUUGCCGUGUAUGGGGUCGCAGUAAUGCUAGUAGCCAUAUACCGCCGAUACGAAGGCCAGAACCAGUUCUUUACUUCUGAAUCCCCGGAUGGGUCACUGAAGCGGAAAUUCAGGACGAGCGGGAAUAGUGUAUUGCUAUUGACAAUGCUGAGCCUGAGUGCGUAUAUAACUUUGAUGGUUUUGACGUGGCGUCUAGUUUCAUAGUCAUUUUGCACUGUCUAGGUUAUCAGGAAACACCACUUCUCAUGCUACACAGCACCUGGAUAUCUCCAAGAUAUCAUCGAAUCCCUUUAGAAAAGUAACACCUUGCACAUUUGAAGCAUAUGAUAUUCUCCCCUUCUGUGUACUGCUGGUGGCUUAUUUCUCUCCAUUGUACUUAGGUCCUCGCCUUUCAGGGGGAAGGUAAAGAGAUAUUAGCUCUGAAGGAGCCUGAGAAUAUAUUAUAACGGACCUCACCCCAACUGUUGCCGCAGAUAUAUUAACUUGAAACAUUCGAAAUCCUUUUAUUCUUGAGCAUACCACUUAUCAAUACAAAUUUAGUAGAUCUGGAAUGCAGACAUCAAGUUUAUGUAAACCUCAUCAAUAUCCCACCAAGAUAGAACAAGACGGCAUAUUUAAAUCAACACUUUAUCGUAUACAUACUCUUAGUCAGAAUGAAUAAUUACC